AUGUCUCAAGAGGCCGUUGUGAGGUCCAGAGAGGAGGAUGACGAGCUACAAUGCAGCACUAAAAAAGUGAAGGAAAGCCACCAAAGGGGUUCCUCCUCCGAUGAUUGCUCUCCUAGAUUAGAUGGGGAGAGAACCUUGUACAAGGAAAGACUCCUUGGUGAAGUCCCAAGUGCCUAUGAAGAAGUUUUUCAUUUCGACAAUGACAUGGAGACGGAAGUAGUGUUUGAUGACGAAAGCUCAGAUAUUGCAGCUGGAUUGGCAGUUGUGAAUCUUUCAGGCGAGACGAAAGCCAGAAUCCGAGCUCUAUGGGCAAAUGCUCUCAUAGUCAAGGUUUUUGGCAAUAUAGUAGGGUACCACUUUUUCAUAACUUGUCUUACGAAUCUAUGGAAACCUAGUGGCCGCUUAGAUUGCGUCGACCUUGGCAAAGAUUUCUUUCUUAUUCAUUUCUCUCUUCAAAGUGAUUAUGGAAGAGUGUUGAAGGAUGGCCCUUGGUUUGUGGGGGGACAUUAUCUGCCUAUCAGGAAUUGGGAGGCAAACUUUAGACCCUCCACGACAAAUGUUUCAUCUGUUGCCAUUUUGAUUCGCUUACCACUACUCCCUAUUGAGUACUAUGAUCUAUCUGUUCUUAGGGACAUUUGUAAGGCCAUAAGACCAGUUCUAAGGAUUGACAGACAUACAGCUGUUAAAACCAGGGGGUGGUCCGCCAGAAUUUACAUGCAAAUCAGUCUUGAUAAACCCCUCAUCAAGCUUCUAAAGAUUGGUGGCAUUGGGCAACCUGUGCAAUAUGAGGGAAUCAACUCCAUGUGCUUCUCUUGUGGUCGUGUAGGCCACAAGGUGGACGGGUGUCCGUACACAAUUAGGGCACCGGAGAAAGAGAGCGGGAAAUAA